UCCCUGAAGCACCUAGCACCAACUGAAAGCAUAACUAGAGGACUGAAGGGAAAAGCUAAAAGAGCAAUUUUUCAUUCUUUGAGCUACAGUCCAGCUCUGAAGACCAUGUGUGGGCAUUUUGCCAUUUGUCUCUGUUGGAUUUUCCUAUCUUUUCUCCUGGAUGCAUCUCUGGCCUUUAUUUCCAACAUUUCAACUCAAAAUCAGCAUCCAAAUGUGACUGUUGCUCAAGACCAGGAUGGCACAGGCUGGGAUUCACCAUUUCUUCAGCUGGGAGCCAGUCUCCCAUCCUUCUCACAGCCAAUCCGUCCAUACACCCUCAUCACAAAUGCUGACGACUACCACUACAUGCCCAAAGUCAGACAUCGCCAGCCUUCUCGCCUCCUGCGUCUUCUGGGAUCCUCAUUUGACCCGUUUUGGAUGUCUGUAGAUCACCCUUUUGAGUCCCCCAAAGGAAGUCAGCCCACCCUUACCACCUUCAAAGAGAAAUUUAACCUGCGUGUGUCUCCAGAACUGAGAAAGGCUUACGCAAAAUAUCAGCAGAAACUAGAGAAGGAGGCUGCAGAACUGGACCUCAGUUCUCUGCCAUCAGAUGCUGCCAAUUCAGUCAGAGGAUGGCUGGUGCGCUCAGCAACAUGCAAAUUACAGCACCAGUGGGUCGAUCUGGGCCCAACCUUCUGGCCGCGGUGGCUGCGGCAGACUGACUGUGAAGGGCCAGAUGGAGGGCAAAGUUGCUCCUUUCCCAGUGGGAUGAACUGCGUGCGAGCUCAAACAACACACAUAAAGAUUCUGGCUUGGCACUGCAUUGAAGUCAGAGAUGGAGAUGAUCGCUCCAGAAAAUUGAGAGGUGAAAACUCUGAUGGCAGUGCUCAGAUGGGGACAGGUGAAACAAGGAAAAGAUGUUUAUGGAGACAAGUGCCUUAUCCUGUGGUGACUGCAUGCAUGUGUUCAUGUAAAUGAAUGUUUUUUAUCACUGCAGACCGGCUUUUUUUCUGUGCACACUGUGUUUUUUAUUAUUUUGUUGAUUUUCAGUGUUAUAGUUGAAAUGAUCGAACAUGGCUACUUUUAAUUACUAAGACGAUGCCGCUACCUGCUCUUUCAUUUUCUCUGCUCUAAACUUUCAACAUUUUUAGUACAAACUGGCUUAAUAAAUAUUUAAGUAAAUGUUUUACGUCAGUAAACUGCAAUUUCUAAGGCGCUGAGUUUAGUGUAGUUCGUGCUACAUUCAUGUUUAUGGUAAAUUCGUGGAUUGUGCAUGUUUCUUCCAAUUUUUCUUUUUCACUCUAUUUUUGCACUUUCAUAUUCAAACAGUAUCAAACAUUUUUUGUUUACAGAGAACAUUAAAAAUGAAAGUGUUUUUGGUAACUCACUGUUGUGUUUGAUUGAUUGAUCAUACUUGACAGUAUUAAUUGAAGAUAUAUACUAAUCAUUCUAAAUUCAAAAUCUACAUAAACCUGUUUCUAGAUGACUUCCUUGCAAACUAUUCUAAUGUACACAUGCGCAUGAAUAUAAUAUGAAUAAAAUAUAAUUGUC